CAACCCACUCUUCACUCCCUCCCCUCGCCCCCACCUCUGCUGCUAUAUUUUUAUCCACUAAAAAUUAUCAUACUCUUCCCACUCUCCUCCUACUCUCUGAGAUGGCUUCCUUCUUUUCCCAUCUCUCCCUCCUCCUCCUCCUAACCCUAACCCUAGCAAUGGCGGAGGAGGAAGGGAAAUCCACAAUUGCUGCUGCUUCUUCUGAGAAGAGGAAGACGUACAUCUUCCGGGUGGACCAGCGGUCUAAGCCGUCCAUCUUCCCCACCCACUCCCACUGGUACGCCUCCCCGGCGUUCGCCGGCCGUGGGGACCCUCUCCCACUCCUCCACGUCUACGACACCGUCUUUCACGGCUUCUCCGCUUCCCUUCAACCCGACCGCGCCGCCGAGCUCGCCCGCCACCGCGGCGUCCUCGCCGUCUUCGAGGACCGCCACCGCCGCCUCCACACCACCCGUUCCCCCCAGUUCCUCGGACUCCGCACCCGGCUCGGCCUCUGGUCCGACUCCGACUACGGCUCCGAUGUCAUCGUCGGCGUCCUCGACACAGGCGUCUGGCCCGAGCACCGGAGCUUCUCCGAUCGCAACCUCGGCCCUGUCCCCUCCCGCUGGCGCGGCGCCUGCGAGACUGGGCCUGGCUUCCCUGCCUCCCUCUGCAACCGAAAGCUCAUAGGCGCCCGCUCCUUCUCCAAAGGCUACGACUCCAACGGCGGCGCAGGCAUGAAUGGGACCAUCGAGUUCCGCUCUCCCCGCGACGCCGACGGCCACGGCACCCACACCGCCUCGACCGCCGCCGGCCGCCACGCCUUCCGCGCCAGCAUGGCCGGCUACGCCGCCGGCAUCGCCAAAGGCGUCGCCCCCAAGGCCCGGAUCGCCGCGUACAAGGUCUGCUGGAAGGGCGCCGGCUGCUUCGACUCGGACAUCCUCGCCGGCUUCGACCGCGCCGUCGCCGACGGCGUCGACAUCAUCUCCAUCCAGAUUGGAAGCGGCGACGGCGUCGCCGCUCCCUACUACCUCGACCCCAUCGCCAUCGGCUCCUAUGGCGCCGUCUCCAAAGGGGUUUUUGUCUCCUCCUCCGCUGGCAACGACGGCCCCACCCCUUUGUCCGUCACCAACCUUGCCCCGUGGCUCACCACCGUCGGCGCCAGCACCAUCGACCGAACCUUCCCCGCCGAAGUCGUCCUCGGCGACGGCCGCAGCCUCGCUGGGGUCUCUCUCUACUCCGGCAAGCCCUUUGCCGCCGGUGUGAUGCUCCCCCUGGUGUACCCGGGCAAGUCCGGCGGUCUCUCCGCCUCCCUCUGCAUGGAGAACUCCCUGGAUCCCAAGCUGCUGCGGGGCAAGAUCGUGAUCUGCGACCGUGGCAGCAGCCCCCGCGUCGCUAAGGGAGUCGUCGUCAUGGAGGCUGGUGGCGCUGGGAUGAUCCUCGCCAACGGCAUCUCCAACCGCGAGGGUCUCGUCGGCGACGCCCAUGUGCUGCCCGCUUGCGCCGUCGGGUCCGACGAGGGCGACGCCCUCAAGGCCUACGUUUCCUCCGCUGCCAACCCCACGGCUACCAUCAACUUCAAGGGGACGGUGGUCGGGGUGAAGCCCGCUCCGGUGGUGGCCUCCUUCUCCGGCCGUGGGCCGAACGGCCUUAGCCCGGAGAUCCUCAAGCCCGACCUCAUCGCCCCGGGGGUCAACAUCCUCGCCGCGUGGACCGACGCCGUGGGGCCGACGGGGCUAGACUCCGACGGCCGGAAGACGGAGUUCAACAUCCUCUCUGGGACCUCUAUGUCCAGCCCCCACGUGAGCGGCGCGGCGGCGCUCCUCAAGUCGGCGCACCCGGCGUGGAGCCCGGCGGCGAUCCGGUCGGCGAUGAUGACCACGGCGACCCUAGUGGACAACCGGCUCCAGCCGGUGACCGACGAGUCGACCGGCGGGGCCGCGACGCCGUUGGACUUCGGGGCCGGGCACCUGAACCUGGACCGGGCGAUGGACCCCGGCCUGGUGUACGACCUCGGGGACAAGGAUUAUGUGGCCUUCCUCUGCGCUCUGGGGUACGGGCCGAAUGUGAUCCAAGUGAUCACCCACGCUCCGGCGAGCUGCCCGGCGAAGCGGCCGGCUGCGGAGAACCUGAACUACCCGUCGAUCUCGUUGGUGUUCGACGGGAUGGCAGGUGGCGCCCGGAGCAAGACGGUGGUGCGGACGGUGACGAACGUGGGCGCGAAGGCGGAGGCGGUGUACAAGGCCAAGGUCGAGGUGGUGGGGAAGGGGUUGACGGUGAAGGUGAGGCCCGGGAAGCUGGGAUUCACGGCGGUGGUGAAGAAACGGAGCUACGCAGUGACGGUGACGGCGACUGGAGAGGGAAACGGCGCGGACGGACCGGUGCCGUACGGGUACCUGACGUGGUCGGAUGGGACUCACGAGGUCCGGAGCCCUAUCGCGGUCACGCGGAUCCAGCCCUCGCGGUGACGGGAAUACAGUCGGGGGGGGGGGGGGGUGGGCGUGGGAGACCGGCCGGGUUGGGUAUUAGACCGUAUCCGGUCCGGUCCGGCUGGGACAAAGUAGGUCUUGUCUCCAAGACAGCAGAAUGGAGUGCGUGCAGUGCAAAUGUGAGAGAAUAAACAUUAAAAACAAAGAGUAAGAUUGCGAGGAAGACCGAGAGGGGUGUAGUGUAAAUUAUUGAGGUUUGAUAGUGUGUUGAUCGCCCUCACGGUGGGGCUAGAUCUUAAGGAUGAUGGGCUGGUUGCAUGUUCAACAUGGGAUUUUGUAGUACUAAAACUCUGUUUGGGAGCGCUAUUGGCAGUCUAACUUUUGAAAGUAGAGCUAUUGGAAGUAAAGCUUAUAUAAAAAAAUGUUUGCUGUUUGAUAACUACAUUUGUAAAGUGCAGUGGCACUUUAACUUGUGUUUAGUAAACAGAUUGAGAAA